AAUGCCUGCUCUGGCACCGGAAACGCUUGACUAGUGGCAAUAACAUACAUGACAUAAACUAAGCUAGUAAUGUUGUGUAGCUGCGGGUUUUCUGCAUCACUAUGCCUGUGACGUUAGACGGUUCAGAGGACCAAGUGCCCUCCUCUUUAUCCAGCCCUGCCAGUGCUGCCCUUACCCUGGGAGGGACAGACGAGGAUGGGGCGACAGGGCGCUCAGCAAUCUGCUCUUUACCUGAAAACAGUCAGGGCUCCGAGGUUGCUACAGCCUAUCCUGCCAACAUUGGACCUGGGGAGGGUAACAAUGGUGGUAAGAGGUCUGGAGCCUUGCUGCAGAUUGACCGACAGCGUAUUCAAGCAGCAUCUGCCAGUUCUGGGGCAGAUGAACUUCAGGGCCUUGGUGUUGCUGUGUAUGACCAGGACGUCCUUGAGCAAGGUGUCCUUCGUCAAGUGGACGAGGCAAUCCAGGAGGCCAGUCAGGCUACUGCUAAAGCUGAGGCUGAGAAGGAAUACCACUCUGUACUUGAUGAUGUCAGGUCCAUCACAGUAUCUCUGAAACAAAUCAACAAGAUUAUCGAGCAACUGUCUCCUUAUGCUGCCUCCAGCAAAGAUAUCAGUAGGAAGAUUGAAUCUGUCAAACGACAAAAAGAAAAUAAGGAGAAACAGCUGAAGAAAGUCAAAGCCAAACAGAAGCGACUUCAGGCCGUUUUGGGAGGAGAGGACACCAAAAGGGUGGAAGCUGAGCUUUUGGCAGAGGAUGAUGAAGAGGAAGAAGCUGGGCCGUCCACACUGGGCAGCAUGCUCAUGCCUGCUCAAGAGACCGAAUGGGAGGAGCUUAUCCGGAAGGGUCACAUGACUCCUUUUGGAACACGAAUCCCUCAGAAGGAGGAAAAAAAGGAGCCUCGCAAAGUGAUGCUUGUCGAGAACUCGGCCUUUGACUUAUACUUGGCGGACCAGGCCAAGAUGGCUACUGAGAGGAAGAGAGUCCCUCUUCUAAAAAAGAAGAGGAGGUCCGGACUCAGCCCUGGUGAGGCCAAGGGAAGAAACAACAGAAUUGUUACCUCUUCCAAGGACAAAAAAAUGAGGAAGCGUAUACGAAAGCUCCAGAUAACGGCUUUGAAAGCCCAUCCUAAGGCUCGACCUAAGACUGAGCCACAGCUCCCUAAACCAAAGAGGAAGCAUCACACUGAGGGAGUGGAAACAGACAGUGAGGGGUCAGAAUACUUGCCCAGUGAUGAAGGCAUAGAUCCUGACCAAGAGGAAAGAGAAGCCAUUGAGGAGGGCUUUGGGGAGCAUGAUAAAGAAGAGUAUGAGUUGAAACCGUACAAGAAAAAAAGUGAAGGAAAAGGGAGGAAAAAAGUAAAGAAAAAAGAGGAGAGUGAUGAAGAAUACUGCCCUGAGAGUUCAGAUGAAGAGGAGGAUGUGAAGGGUAAAGACAAAAAAAAGAAAGAUGAUGGAGAUGUGGAGUGCUACAAACAGAGAUUAAGGAAAUGGAAGCGACAACGUCUUCGAGACAGGGAGGCAAAGAGAGAAAGGGGCGAAGUGCUAACAGAUGACAGUGAUGAGGAAUUUGACGAGGGCUUCAAAGUACCUGGCUUCUUGUGGAAAAAACUUUACAAGUAUCAGCAGACCGGUGUGCGGUGGAUGUGGGAACUUCACUGUCAGCAGGCAGGAGGCAUCCUGGGAGACGAGAUGGGAUUGGGUAAAACCAUCCAGGUGAUCUGCUUUCUGGCUGGACUGAGCUACAGCAAACUGAGGACCAGAGGAUCAAACUACAGGUAUGUUGGUUUGGGUCCGACGGUCAUUGUGUGCCCAGCUACAGUCAUGCACCAGUGGGUAAUGGAGUUUCACACCUGGUGGCCUCCUUUCAGAGUGGCCGUUCUACAUGAAACUGGCUCGUUCACGAGCAACAAGGAAAAGCUUAUUCCAGAGAUAGCAUCAUGUCAUGGUAUCCUGAUAACCUCAUAUUCAGCUGUGAGGAAUAUGCAAGACACCUUGCAGCGCUUUGAUUGGCACUACGUUAUCCUGGAUGAGGGCCAUAAGAUCAGGAAUCCAAAUGCCGGAGUUACCACUGCCUGCAAACAGUUUCGCACUCCCCACAGGUUUAUCCUGUCAGGUUCUCCCAUGCAGAACAAUUUAAAGGAGUUGUGGUCUCUGUUUGACUUCAUAUUCCCCGGCAAAUUGGGGACAUUGCCUGUCUUCAUGGAGCAGUUCUCUGUGCCAAUCACAAUGGGAGGAUACAGCAAUGCCUCACCUGUACAGGUCCAGACGGCAUUUAAGUGUGCAUGUGUGCUGAGGGACACCAUAAAUCCUUACCUGCUCAGAAGAAUGAAGGCAGACGUUAAGGCCAACCUCUCCUUACCUGACAAAAAUGAACAGGUUCUGUUUUGCAGAUUAACAGAGGACCAGCGGCAGGUGUAUCAGAGCUUCUUAGAUUCCAAAGAAGUCUACCAGAUACUUAACGGGGAUAUGCAGGUGUUCUCAGGUUUGAUAGCAUUACGUAAGAUCUGUAACCACCCGGACCUUUUCUCGGGCGGCCCCCGGAUCUUAAGGGGAAUCCCUGAAGACCAGCUAACUAAGGAGGAACACUUUGGCUUUUGGAAACGCUCAGGCAAGCUGAUAGUGGUUGAGUCACUGCUGCGACUCUGGUUCAAGCAGGGCCACAGAGUCCUGCUCUUCACCCAGUCUCGACAGAUGUUGAACAUCUUGGAGGUAUUUGUGACAGAAAAUAACUAUUCAUACAUGAAAAUGGACGGCACUACCCCGAUAGCUUCCCGACAGCCCCUCAUCGCUCGCUACAACGAGGACAAAUCCAUUUUUAUCUUUUUGUUGACCACUAAAGUCGGAGGUCUUGGAGUCAAUUUGACUGGAGCCAACCGAGUCAUCAUCUAUGACCCAGACUGGAACCCCAGUACCGACACACAGGCACGGGAGCGAGCAUGGAGGAUUGGUCAGAAGCAGCAGGUGACCGUCUACAGACUGCUGACCGCAGGGACCAUCGAGGAGAAAAUCUACCAUAGGCAAAUCUUCAAACAAUUUCUGACCAAUCGCGUUCUGAAAGACCCCAAACAAAGACGCUUCUUCAAGUCUAACGACAUCUAUGAGCUCUUUACUCUGUCUGACCCCGAUGGAGGUCAGGGAACAGAGACCAGUGCCAUAUUUGCAGGUACUGGUUCUGAUGUCAAGGCACCCAAGAAACCUCAGAGGCCAAGGCCAUCACACAUGUUAAACCAUGGCAGUCAUAUACAGAACCAGUCCUCAGCCAACCAGAAUGAAGCUGGUGCAGGCAGCAGACACAUUCCUGCACUAAGAGAUGGAAACACUCCGUCCAGUAAAAACUCUCCGGGUAAACCAAAUGGCCCAACAGAAAGUCAAAUUACCAACCAAAAUGGUCAGGAUGUAGAGCCAAAUCUUUCAGCAAAUGCACAACAUACAAGAAAAAAUAAUAGAGACUGGGACGCAGCCAAGCCAGCAGUUAGAAACACAAAGUCAUCCGGCUCUCACCAACACAGAGACAUAGACUCUGUCCUGGCUAGUCCACAGAAACACAGGGAAAAGAGGAAGCACUGCGACUCAGCUGACUCAGACAAACAUAAGAGGCGUAAACACUCCAAGGGUUCUCGGUUUGAAGGCCACCGCAUCUCUCACUUAGUGAAGAAAAAGACUUUUAACAAAGCGGAGAGUGAAGACAAUGAGACAGAGAAGAAAUUAGACGAUUACGUCUUGGCAAAGCUCUUCAAGAAAUCUGGUAUCCACAGUGUGAUGCAGCAUGACAGCAUCAUGGAGUCCUCCAACCCUGACUAUGUUCUCGUGGAAGCAGAAGCUAACAGGGUGGCCAAAGAUGCCCUGAAAGCGCUUAAGGUUUCUCGCCAGCAGUGCCGGCUGUCCUUCAACAGACCCCCUCCUCCACCUGCAAGCUGUCUCAGGAAACGGUUUGGACAAAAGAAUAAUUCUCUCCUGGUUCCACCUUCUGUUAAAUCUGUCCCCACUCCAAGCAAAUGCAAGGAUGCUGCUAUUGUGAAGAGGUCUGUGUCAAAGAAGCCUGGUUCGGGAGCUCAUUUCAGUGGGGAGGGCGCAGAAAGUGACUCAUUCUCCGCCCCACUCUCCUCCUCCUCCCUGCUGGCCAAGAUGAAAGCCCGGAAUUACCUCAGCAUGCCCUCCAGCCAAAGAGAAGAAGCAGAAGAAGAGGAGGGUGGCUCCGGAGUUCCAGGAACAAGCUCCCCCCCACCUCCGCCCACUGAGCAUGACGAGCUGUUGGUGGAUGUGCGCAACUUUAUAGCCUUCCAGGCGAAUGUGGAUGGACAGGCGUCCACCCAGGAAGUGCUGGAGUACUUCAAACCAAGAUUGACCGAGAAACAGGCGCCUGUCUUCAGAGAGCUGCUCAGGAGCAUCUGUGACUUCCAGAGGACUUCUGGUCAGGAGGGCAUAUGGAGACUGAAGGAGCGUUUCCGCUGAGUGAAGCACAGAAGCGACUGAACUGUGAUGCAUAUUUGAGUACUUGUCAACUAUACGUCUGUAGAGUUCAAGCCUAGAAUAUAUUUUUUGUUAUGUUCUGUCAAAUUGAGAUGUCUAACAACAACAAAAUCACAAUAGAUUGAAAUGGGUUUGUCAUGGAAGGACCAUAUUGUAGGAAAGACCUUUAGUCAUAUUAUUAUCAGUUCAUUAUCUGUUAACUACGUCUUUAAGGGAAAAUCUGUUGCAAUGUGAGAUGGUUUGAGAUUUGUUCUUGUUCACAUGUUACUGCAAUUGCUUCAGUUCUUUGUUGUUCCUGGUUAUACUUGAAUUUACUUGUUUUAUAUUUGCCUGAAAGUUAAAACUGUAAUACAUUGAGUAAUAAUUUACUUGGAGAUAUGUGUUUGCUUUCAAAUUCCUUGUAGAUUUAACUGCCUCACUUGUCUCAUAUUUUGUAACAUUCCUCUUUAAAAUAUAAUUGUAAUUUUUCUAAUUUCUGUCUUCUUAAACCUUGCAAAUAUAUUGUGUGGGUGGGGGGGAAACUUCGGUAAUUAAAUGACCUACCUCCAACUAUUUGUGGAAACAUGGGCAAAAAGCAGAGUAUUUUAGCUGUCAUGUUUUAUAAAAAAUGAAAAGGCUAGUAAUGCACUGGCUUGCAUUUAUCGUAUGUAAUAAACCGCUGUAAAUGCUGUUUUUUCCA